AUGAAUAGCAGAUUUCAGCAAGUACACAAGGGCACCCCACCUGGAUUUCCAGCUUUUCUUCCUGAGUUGGCAUUCCAUUGAUUCUCUGAUUGGAUGGAAACAUACAUUCCAUUGACGUAAUUGAUUCUCUGAUUGGAUGGAAACAUACAUCCGGUGCACUGCACGGGCGGGAACACACAUCCGCGUGGGCGGGAGGUAUAAAGCUCGAUGCAUGCACCAUUUCAGUCAGUCGGGGAAUAUCAAGCGGAGAAGAGGAAGGAAGACUUAUCAACUAACUAUCAACUAACUAACAACUAUCACUCACUACUAUCAACUACCACUGCACUAUGGCCGCCGUGCCUCACCCAACACCACACAGCACAAGCACACCACACAGCACAAGCACAGCACACAGCACCUCACUCACACCCACUACACCCACCACACUCGCACCCACCACACUCGCACCCACCACACUCACACACACCACACUCGCUCCACCACUACUGCUGCCUUCCACUCAAAAAGGACUCAUACACAAGAAUCCCAGGCUUACCCAUAAGAUGGUCGUCAGCGUAUUACAGUUCCACAAACGAAGCGGCACGACUGAGCCACUACUCUGUCCAACGUGCUACUUGCAGCCUGGAGCUCCCGUAAUUACUGAGUUCUCUUGGAGAGAUGCCAUUGAUCUCAAAGAUCAUUCAUACCGUAACGCCACCGCCUAUAUCAAACACCUGAAAGAAGUUCACAGCGCCCUCGUUCCCAGCCCCAGCAUUAAACUUGUUGAGUUCCAACUGCGGGAUAAAGAGUAUGCUAAAUGGCUCAGGUGGGUCAAGUACCCACCACCUCCAACUGAGGACGAAGGAGGACUAGGCGGAGGCACUGGUUCGGGAGGCACUGGUUCGGGAGGCGCUGGUUCGGGGGCCACAUAUACAGAGCAGCUUCUUGAAACUAACAGGGAGCUGCUACGAGUCUUGAGGGAGGUAGUGGGGUUAGUUCCCUGCAUGCCUCCAAGGCUCUCAGCAAACAUCAACGCGCUGCGCGAGUUUUCCGUAGAAUUAGAAGAGCGUAAUAUAAUAGAUGACCCGCCAAACGACCCCAUUGACCCCACUGUACAUGUAUCACAUCUCAAUGGACCCGGGUUGACAACAAACACGACAACGACGACGACGAACACUGGACCAACAACAAACGGAACAAUAACGAACACUGGACCAACAACUAACAAUGAACCCGGGACGGCAACAAACACCCUGACGACGACGAACAAUGGAACAAACAAUGAACCCGGGACGGCAACAAACACCCUGACGACGACGAACAAUGGAACAACAACAAACAACAGACAUGGAUUGACGGCAACAAACACCCUAACGACGACGACGACUAACGAUGGACCCAGUGGAGCAUCCUCCUCUAGUUCUAGGUCCAGGAAGCGCAAAAGGAGGAAUGAUGAGGUGGUUCGAUCUUACAAAAAAUCGAGAUUGGACUAAUACCUGGAAAAAACACGAUACACACUAAUAUGGAUAUGGCAUAAUUAUAACACAACACACUAAGAAUACGACAUACACGGCAGGGACAAUUGGAGUUGUGAGUUGUAUAAUUUAAGUAACUUUAGCCAU